AUGUCUUACCAGUCGGGUUACUCCCAAGCCCCCGCACAAUACGCUGGCUCCUUUCCUCCCCCCCAAGGUACACCUCCCCCAGCUGGUCCCAGCGAAACGGGCAAUGCUAGAAUCACAGGCUCCUACGAGGGCGUGCAGUUCAAGAUUGACCAUCGGGAUGAUAACACCAUGCUCUACAUGCGUAUCCAGCCAGGCUACGAGAUCCUUGCAAAACCAGGCAGCAUGGUCACGAUGGACCCGUCUGUCCAGAUCAAGGGAAAAAUGAAUUUCAGUUUCAAGAAGUUGCUGACAGGAGGAGAGGCGAGUAUAGAUCUUGGCCUGUCGUUCAUGCACUUCUGGGGUCCAGGGGAGGUGGUGUUGACUCCUGAAAUGUGGGGCGACAUCACUCGGAUCCAACUGGACGGCAACUCACCGUGGCACUUCGGGAAGCACGCGUUCCUUGCUUGCACGCCGGGUGUUCAGAUGACAACCAAAUCCCAGAGCUUUGGGAAAAUGCUCUUCUCUGGUCAUGGCUUGUUCGUUUCCCAAGCUACCGGUGUCGGCAUGCUGUUCCUGCACGGUUUGGGUACCAUCAUUUCACGCGAUCUGCGACCAGGAGAGCAGUGGAUUGUCAACAACAACCAUCUUGUUGCGUGGAACUGCCAGUACAACAUGGAGAAGAUCCAAGCGGGAGGUCUCCUUUCUACCCUUCAAACCGACGAGGGAGCUGUUUGCAGGUUUACCGGGCCCGGCACCGUCUUCAUUCAAUCGAAGAGUACCGACGCCAUCAUCGGCUGGAUUUCAGACAGACUGCCCAACAACAACUGA